AUGGUCCUGAUUCAAGAUACAUUGUCCAAGAGAAGUACAGGGUUAAUGGCAAUAACGUGUAUAUCUACAAUGCUACCAAGACUCUUGACAAUGGUAACACGUAUGUCCGACGGACCCAUGACCUUUCCCACUCGUCGUCACAUUGCUCUAGUCCACUUUCGUGAGUUGGCUGCUGCUGCUGCUGGUGGUGGUGAGGAGGAGGGCUUGGACUUGGACUUGGUUGGUGUUGGUGCUGGUGAGGUGGACGGCUUGGUUGGUGUUGGUGCUGGUGAGGAGGAGGCUGGUGGUGGUGAGGAGGAGCCUAAGGAGGAGGUUGCUGGUGGUGGUGAGGAGCCUAAGGAAGAGGUUGCUGGUGGAGUAGCACUGUUCAAAAGGUUGUGGAGUAGUACCGUAUCCAUAUGGAUGUUCAUUUGGUCAAAGACGGGAAAAAACCAUAUUUCAAAGAGAUUCACACCAUUUUGUAGUGUACCAUAUGGGAUGUUAGAUCUCGUAUAG